UAUAUCAGCCGAAAUAUGACAGCAGAGUUAAUUAUAAUUUUAAAGUUUAAUUAUAAUAAUUGAAUCAAUUUAUAGUAAAUAGUUGUAAAAUAGCAUGUGUUAUUGUUAAAAAACUAAUGAAUAAAUAAAUGAGUACGGAUUUUAACAGGUGAAAUGGUGAUAAUAUGGACAGAUGAUUGAAUAAUAGUGCGAAAAUUAACCAGGAUAAAAGAAAUAUAAGGAUAAUAGAAGGAGAGAAUAAUUAUUGAUAUUUGUGUGUGUAUAGUACUAUGGCACAUUAUAAUUUAUUCACUGAUAAUAAUGGUUUACCGAUUAUGCUUGAGGAUGGCCAACAGUUGUGUACAGUUGUUGAUGGUCAACGAUAUGUAAUUAUUCAAAACGUAAAUAAUGGUAAUCAGAAUAACGUGUUAGCUUACUCAGCGUUUAAUGAUAACGAAACUACUGUCUAUUCUCAUCAAGCACUUAUUGGUACACAGAGUCCCUCAGCACUUGAACGCGGGCAGAACGUUUUUAUUUUAGAAUCUGGAGAAAUAUCAGUACAGCCGAGUACAUAUAAAACGGAGAGCUCACAGAAUAUUUCUGUUGGAGACAGUUCGUCAAGAAUCAUAAAAGCUCCCAAAGCUGUUUCUAAUACUUUGAAUGAUAAAAAAAGCAAUCAGUGGGUUGAAACUUCGUUUAAUAUAACACAACUUACUAUGAACAAUCAAGCUCAGAAAACUGUCACAACAUUAGCUCAAUUGGAAGAAGGACGAGUAUCAAAGCCGAGAAACAGACUUCCAGCGCCAUUAGUAUCGCAUCCAAUGCCAAUUGUGACCAACACUUCUCAGAAUAUUGCCAGGACAUCAACGCCACGGCACACACCAACACAGACAGUACGAGUGGCAACACUCUCACCCAAUAUAUCGGCUGUAGCCCCACCGAAACCGACAUCCAGGCCACCACUGCGCGGUGACAAUGCGGCACUUCGUCGCAGCUUGACUCCACGAGCUCCAGUUCCACGACAGGCGACACCUCAAGUUCGUCAGGUUAUGGAUUGCCUGAGCGAACGAAUAAAAGCUUCCCAACCACCGCUAAUGCGAGGUCUUUCUCCUCAACAUCAACAGCCGCAGCAACAACAACAACAACAACAACAGCCACAGCAACAACCACAACAACAGCCGCAGCAACAACAACAACAACAACAACAACAACAACUCCAACUCCAACAAUUACAGCAGAAACAGCAACAACAAAUAUCAUCACAGCAGUUGAUGGCACUUAAUUCAAUGAAGCGGCCAGUGGUGAAUUCUCCACGACCUCGAUUACCCAUCACACCACAGAAGCAAGUUACUCAGGUAGUUACCCAAAGACCCACGCCGCCUUGCCCAACUACUCCAGAUUCGAGUCCAGAAAAAAUGGAAAUGUGUAGUUACCCUAGUACUCCUGAGAAGUCUGGAACCACACAUGGGGAGCAAAAAUCACCCUCUGACAGCGAUGCAGGAUCUGAAAGUUUUGUCUAUCUUCAAAGAACAAUAAAAGAUCCAGUUAACGCAAUCGUCCAGCAACAAGUAAGCGGCAGUAUUGUCAAGAUGUUGGUGGUGUUGGCUAGCAGAGAACAGCGGUUAAUAACAUUUGACAUUCCCGCCGAAGAAUGUACAGUCCAGGAUCUUCUAGAUCAAGUAGAUAUUCCUUUCAACGGUAAAACAAUAGUAUCGCUUGUCACAGAUGUUGCGUUGAACAUUAAUUACAUCGUCGAAAGCGAAGCUGGAGUCAUUCAUACGAUGCACGACACCUCAGACACUUCAGAUCAAUCCGAAAACCAAUCAAUCGCUCAGACAAAUGAAGACAGCAGCCCUCCUCACGAAGAGCCCAAGUAUAUCGAGGGACAAAGUGCUCUCUGUCCUUACUGCGGCACUCAUUCCUAUGAUUUUAAUCGCUGCUACAAAUGCAAAAAAUCAUUGCCAAGUGACUCGCGGCAGGUGUCAAUGAACCCAACGACAAGUCAGCAGAAAAAAGAGAUGAUAUCGACUGAAAGCUUUUACAAAAAACGCAAUGAAACCAAUAAAUUCGAGCGUGAAUUGGGACCACGCAAACGUGGACGACCACCUAGAACAUCUACACCAUCUACAGCGGUAAUUAGUAAACUUAAACAAAAAGAACCUGAGUGCUUGACUCUGUCAUCGGAUGAUGAUGACGGUGAUGAUGACGGCAGUGGCUCCCGUAAAAAAACCACGGCCCAGCAUAAAUCUUUGAGCAACUUGAUCACUAGCAGCGGAAUGAUGAACGACGAAAUGGAAUUUAUAUCUGAGAAAGAGCCUGUCAUCACGAAUAAUAAAACAGUGUUACAAGAACAAAGCUUUCAGCCAGUCCCAAAUACUGAGCCCGAUUUAAUCGAUAAAAAUAACGGUGAUGUAACGGGUGAAGAUAACGUCAACCUAAACUUAAAACUCGAGACUUCGUUUACAUGUCGCACUGUUAGAAUAGGUUCAUACAAGUACGUACCGCGGGAGAAAAUAUUUUUGAGUAAGAACGGUUUAAGAUUAGUGGUACCUUUGCUCGAAGAUCAGGAUCAGUGUGUCACGAUAAAUGUUAAGAUCUCUGAAAUUGUAAAAGUACUGAUACAUUUUGGCAAAGCAAUGCCAGUGUUGUUUUUUUAUACAAAUCCAAGCUGUGGAGCAAACAUUCGUGAGCUCUUGGGAAUGCAGGACACUAAGGGCCAAUAUUUUGAUCCAGCUGGUAAGGAUCAGACGCACAAGAGGAUAACGCUACUGCCGGAUAAAAUUUCCGAGGAGGCUAGGCAGGUUUGUAAAAUGAUAUUCCCCCCGGGAAGUAAGAUGGAUGAAUUAAAUGCUAAGGAAGCAAAUGAUAUUCUGGUGCGUGCGUCUCCAAAAGAUAACUCUCAGAUGCCACUGAUGGUGAAGAAACCACCAUUAUCAUCGUCGACUGGUAAUUCUGGUAAUAUUGUAAACGGUCGUCCUAAUGACCGUCUCGUCCAGAAGUUGACUGUUUAUCCACCACCGCCAGCAAAAAGCGGUAUUGCUAUUAAUACCGAAGAUUACACUUGUCUUGGAGAAGACCAAUUCCUCAAUGACGUUAUAAUAGACUUCUAUCUCAAGUAUCUAACGCUCCAAGUACUUUCUGAGAUUGAUCAGCAUCGUACACAUGUUUUCAGUUCAUACUUUUAUAAACGGUUAACAAGUCGUCAUGCUCAAUCAGCAGAUAUUACCAAUUCAGUGUCACCAGCCGCAAAACGCCAUGCUCGUGUACAAAAAUGGACUAAAAAUGUUAAUAUUUUUGAAAAAGACUUUAUUAUCAUUCCGAUAAACGAGCAUGCUCAUUGGUUCUUGGCGAUUAUUUGUUACCCGGGAUUGGUGGGCACCGUAUUGCCCCCAUUACCCCCUAAAGAUCCCGAUGUUAAAAAAUCUAAGAAAAAUAAAGAAGUAAAGGUUCAGACCCUGACUAUCGGAAGUACGACAAUUACACCCGUGGCUACUCCAACGAUAACGAUCGACCAAAAUGACGAGGAUUCUGAGAGAGAUGAGGCCGAAGGCGAUGAGGAUGAGAUGGAUAUGGACAGUGAAGAAGAUGACGAAGCUAGUGAUAAUGCUGAAGGAAACGCCAAUGCCAAUUCUAAGGUCUCGAUUACUCCUGUUGAGAAAAAGAUUGUCUGCUCCCAGCAAGAAGAACCAACAGUCAAAUCGCCCUGUGUUUUAAUUUUCGAUUCUCUCAAAGGUGCCAGUCGGUCUCGCGUUGUUGCCACGCUUCGUGACUAUUUGAGUUGCGAAUAUCAAGCUAAACUUGGUAAGGAUAAAGUCUUUUCUAAGGAUACAAUCAAGGGAAGUUGUCCGAAGGUUCCACAGCAAUCAAACUUCACUGACUGUGGGCUUUAUUUAUUACAAUACGUCGAAAGUUUUUUCAAGGAUCCAAUUAAAGAUUACAGAUUACCGAUAAAGUCUGUGAAAAAUUGGUUUGAAGAGAUAGUAGUUACAAGAAAACGUGAAGAACUUUCAAACCUUUUAAUAAAACUAAUGAAUGAAACUAACGGAGACAAAAAAAUAAUUCUACCCACGGUCCAAUUUCCGACGCAAGACGGCAAGCUUAAACCAAAAUCUGAGACCUCAGACAAGUCUGAUCUCAAGGGCCAGAAAGGUGAGAGCGAAGCUAAGAAAUCCAAAAUUGAGAAAGAACAAUCAUCGAAUGUUAGUACCAACCAACAACAGCAACCUGACUCACAGGAGACACCAAAUCGUCCUGUUAAAACGUAUCUUACUAUUGUACCAUGUUCGUCGACAUCUGGAGAAUUCAAUACUGUUGGAAUGGUUGUUACUAAAACACCCACGUCAACUGUCACAUCCACGGCGUUUUUAAGAACCAAACGUAUUCCUAGGUUAAUACAAAAAGAAACUGAAACUUCGGCACACGAUUCAUCAACUGCAGCAGUUCCUAUAAAAAAGCACAAGGGUGAUUGUUUGGAUUCUUGUAAAUAAUAUUAAAUAUAAACCACAUUAUUAAUUGUUUCAUUACCUUUUUUAUAUUGUCAAGUGAGUUAUUAAUAAGCUAUAAUUCGACAUCAAUAAAAUUUAAAACAAUAAUAAUUUUAUUAAAUAUAUGUAGUUAGUACUUUAUAAUUGAGAAUAAAUCUCAAUUAAUAAGACUUAAUUAUAUUUACUAUAAUUUACAGUUUAUAAUAAAAACAAAAACAAACAAUA